CUGGUUCAACCAGUGUCUGCCAUCCAUCCCAGGGAGCACAGGUGAAACCUCUGGAGCCUGUGGGAAACGGGUGCUGGGGCUCAGCGGCCUCAGCCAUGUCUCAGAGGCACCCCCAGGAUCCCCACUGAGUUGGCCCACUUCAGACAGCCAGGGCCCAGCCCUCCAGCCCCCUUGGUGUCCAGCAGGUGGCCCCUGGGCAUCUCCACAGGACGACAAGAUGCAGGUUACCAAGGGGACCCAGUGCCACUUCUCAAAGGGCCUCCUGCUCUCAGCCUCAGUCCUGGCCCUCUGGGUCCCCCAAGGCUCCUGGGCUGCCCUCCACAUCCAGAAGAUUCCAGAGCAGCCUCAAAAGAACCAGGACCUUCUCCUGUCUGUCCAGGGCAUCCCAGAUACCUUCCAGGACUUCAACUGGUACCUGGGGGAGGAGACCUAUGGCGGCACAAUGCUCUUAACCUACAUCCCUGGGCUACCACGGCCACAGAGGGAUGGCAGUGCCAUGGAGCAGCGAGACAUCAUCGGCUUCCCCAAUGGCUCCAUGCUGCUGCGUCAUGCCCAGCCCGCUGACAGCGGUACCUACCAGGUAGCUGUCACCAUCAACCCCUCCUGGACCAUGAGGGCCAAGACUGAGGUCCAGGUGGCUGAAAAGCAUAAGGAGCCCCCUGUGACGCACCUGCCCAUGAGCGCUGCGAUUGUGGCUGCCAUCAUCACUGGGCCCCUUGUCGCCGGGUCCCUCCUCGUGGGCAGCAUUGCCUAUCUCCUGAUGACAAAAUGCUGGAGGCGCCAGAGGCACAGGACGACGGCCCCAGAGAAGCCGGAGCUGGGCCCUGGCCGUCACACUGUGGCUGGCACUCCAUGUCGGUGGUCACCACAGCACUCAGCCGGCCCCAGCGGCGGCUCUGGGCCACUAACAGGUGACAAUGUCUAUGAAGUGAUGCCAUCUCCAGUCCUCCUGGUGUCUCCUUUCAGUGACACGGAGUCCGUGAAUGCUGCCGUGGUGAACCCCCACCCCUCUCCUUUGAAGCCCACUUCUGACCUGCCCCCGCCGCCGGCCCCGCAGCGGCAGCCGGAGACGGAGAACCGCCCCUACCAGGAGCUGCUGAACCCCGACCCUGCCCCUUACUGCCAGCUGGUGCCAACCCCCUAAAGAGGUCCCAGCAGCAGAGGAAAGCCUCUGCCCAUCCCGGAAGCCUGGUAUCCACAGAAAAGCCACGCCCAGGAGCAGCAGGCCAUGGGGCUGUGGGGCCAACAAGGUGACUUGGCUGGAGACUUAGCACCGCAUCGUGGCGUCCUGCUCAAAGGACAAGUGACCGUGUCGGGCCCAGCUCCUGGCUCACCCUCCAAGUGUACAACCGCCCUGAAGGCUGAUCUUCCAGCAGCCUGGUCAGGGCCACACACCUGGGAAAAGCAGGCUCUCGCCCCCUGCCACCCUGAAGUCGGCCCCUCUGGAUACUUGGGAGUGCGGAGGGAGGCCCAGGGCCUGUCUCCAGCCAGACCUCCCGGGCACUGGGCUGGGCUCCCAAAUAUCGUGUUGGCCCUCAACACCCCACCCCCACUCUGCUGGUUGCCCUUGGGGGCAAGUCAGCCCCCCACCUCACAUGCUCCAGAGGACAGGCCCGUGGGAAGGAAGGCUGGCCUCCCAGGCCUGUGGCCCCAAAUGACGGUCCUGGCCAGUUACCACAGCUGCUGGUAACUUAGGCAGUUCCAGGCCCUCUCAAAAUUCAGUCUCUCAGAACCUGUGGCCAUCUUCUGCCCACCGCCCCCUACCCCGAAUCUCACCAAGGCCCCCAGGGCAGUGGUUCCCUCUCCACCUCCACCCAUCCCUGGUCCCAGUCUGUUGCCCCUUAAUUUAUUCAUUCAUUCAGCAAUAAAUAAGCCAUGCGCCAUA